AUGUACGAUGUUAUCUAUCAACAAGUACCUGUUCAGUAUGACGUAUAUUAUAGAAACACCUUGUUCAGUGUUGAAGAUGUCACGCUAGAUGGUUGUGCAGUAGAAGCAUUGAUUAAUGAUGCUAGAUGGCUGAUGUAUAACACUGAUAACAAAACUUGUGUUGGUGGUAAACAACUUGUUGGGUUGGCUAUGGCUAGUCUGGAUAUACAAAGUAGGAAGUUUGAAGUUUUAUGUUUAUGAAGUUUUAGCUUAUGGCAACAGAACGGAGCUGGUGUAUAUAAAAAGCAAACUCAAGUAUAACACUACAUUGAAUGGAACCGAUGCUCAACGAGUCAUUAUGGAUUUGAGUGAGUUUAACUUUUGAACUCCAUUUUAUCUUGGUAUAAAAACACGUUUUUUUUGAAUAACGUUAGGGAUGAGAAAUAAGCCGGUUCGGGCGCACUUUUUAGGUCUGUCCCAAACUCGGGACCUAGUUUGCAACCUUGGCAUGUUUAGAUUUUUUCAAAGUAACAAUAAAAUUUGGUUACUUUACCAUUUAGCUAUAAUGUAGUGAGAAAAUAGACAACUAAAAAUGUUUAUUUGAGUAUAGUCGCAUAACAAACAGUAACAACAAUAAAUAUUUCGCGGCAUAAUAAAUUGAAAAUCAAUGUUUCGUUGCGGGACUCAGUAAAUCCAAAAAUAUUCAUCGCCACUGCCAAAAUACGGUCCCGGAACCAAGGCCAGCUGCCCAACUUUUGAGCUCGACCUGUUUUUAUCUUUGUCGAAGGCCGGGAUUAUAUGGCUCGUUUUUGAAUUCUACAUUACGUACCUUUGUUAUGGUUGACAUUAUUAAUUUUAACAAAUCUCAAAAAUAUUUUUGGAACAAAUUGAUUUUGUAGCGUAUGGUGAGUCAAUAUGCCCUGACGAUUGGCCUUUCAUUUAUCAAUGGCCUCAAGGAAGGUGUUAUGCCAAUGUAAGUAUCAGAUAAGCUUAUACUGGUCACACUUCAAAACUAUAGUCUCCGUUCUCAGCGAUGCAGAAAGCUAAACAAAAUUGGUUUAGUUUUGAAGUUUGACCAGUAUAUGUAUUUUUGAAUUUUAACCAAACUUUGUUGAAGUUUGAGCUCAUUUAUUACAAAUUUAGCUCAAAGAUGUGUCGGACGAUCCUUAUGGAAGCACUUUUUACAAUUACAGAAACGGAUUGUUUACAAAUGACAGUAUGAGUCUUAUGCAGUUCACUUAUACUAGAGGACGUAGGUUUUUUGCCUUGCCCUACCUUGCCUUGCACUACCCCACCCUACCAUGCUUUACCCUUACCCCGUCCUUCCUACUUUACCCUACUCUACCACACUUAUCCUGCUCUGUUCUACCCUCCCUUGCUCUAUCCUUCCCUAUUUUACCCAUCCCUACCUUCAUUGCCUAACACAUCCUACUCUGUCCGUCCGCAGCCUGUCCUUUGUCCGACAACGAUAGUCUACUGUAACAUUUUUUUCAAUUUCACAAAAUGCAAACUUCAGAAGCCUCCCAAAUCUAUUUAUACGAGUGUGCACACAAACUGGCAUAUGUAAUCAUGUACAGUGGUACCUACAAAUGUUUUUUGUUAAUCGAAAUGAACGUGACAAGCCCAUCACAAGUAAGAACAGGAGCGAACGAAUUGUGUAACCAAACCAUUGUCAACGGUAAACCGGUGGAAAUCAUUGAUCCUCUCAUUCCUGGGUUUGUAUAUGGUAAGUUUUUAAGAUUUUUAAUAUUUUCAUAUCAUAUAUGUCACAGUAAUAAGUUACUUAUGUCAUGUAUGUCAUAGUAAUUUGUAUUAUAAAGUGGCAAAAAAAGUCUUGCCGCUUUUUAGUGUGAAAACCUUAACAUAUUAGCAACAAGACUUUUUUUUCUAUAUUACCAUCAUUAUACUAUCAACAGCAGCUGUAUAUGUAUGUUAUAGUAGUCAUUUUAUAUUAGAUUUUAAGUUUAAAAAGCAAAUUUUUCAAAAUUAAAAAUUUUUUUUAGUUUUAAAAACUUCAAAUUUUUAGCCCAAGCCCCAGGCAACGCGUUAGUAGGUAUAAUUGAGAUCAAUGAAGCUUGGAUAUACGCUACCGACAGAAAUAUUUCUCUACCAUACCGGAACUAUUGGAUGGAUGGGUACCCGAAUAGUACUGAAGGCCUAACCUUCUUUGGGCCGCCGGAAGACCAAUUUUAUUUUUAUAACAAAAACUCAAGUACUAUGCUCGCUUGUACCGCUCUUUAUGUUAAAGUUCAGUUUUAGAAAAAAUAAAAAUUUUUCUAACUUUACCCUUCUGACAUCCUUAAUAUUAUACCUUUAUCUUUAGUAAUACUCGUUAAAAUUUCACUUGUAAAUCAAGAACUUAAACUACAGUUCAAUUUUCAAAUGAUCCACCCCAUAAAUGUAACAUUGUGUAUGAGAAACAAACAAACAAACGUCGCGUGCGUCAUAUCAAAGAUAAUGCGACGGUGAACUCUCGCGCUGCCCACAUUUGCGAUGAUUCAAGGGAUUAACUUUCUUGCCUCGAGCAAUACGAGACUGUAAUAUAUUCCAGUGUAUUUGACUAGCGCUCAUAUCAUGGAUGAUAUGACUAAAAUCAAUUUGAUUUUGAAACUUCUAAUCAUCAGCAAAAUCGUAUUCUUGUUAUCGAGUUUGGGUACGGUUCGUGGAGAAGAAUGUCAUCGAUGUGCUGAAGAGAUAAUCAAAGAUAACUGGCUAGCUACCGGCUUGCCUACACAGCCCGAGGACAUGGCUUAUACGAAGAAUUGUGCAGGGUCAUUAUCGAAUGUGAAUAUCAAAAAUUGCGGUAGCUCGGCUUGCUAUGCAGCUGCUUUUGUUAUUCGUAAGUUUUUGAAAUCUUCUCCAUCCUUAGUAGGCCUGUAAAGGAACCAACCCCAAUUUUUCUAGCUCGGCCCUUAACAAUAUGGAAGUCUAAAUUCCAUUUUCCGUUUCAUUUUUUAGUCUCUUAAACCUACUUUAAAUCUCCAUCCCAUCCAAAACUACCAAAAAACAAUUUCAGAAGGCCGUUACGCAGUGAUCCGUGGCUGUCCAGAAGAAUUCAUCAAAGAUUCCAACGUUCCUGCAGCAGCUACAGCCCAAAUUUGUGAGUAUGCUCAUUACACAGGAACUGCACAAGUCGGUGUUGAUGGCACAGAUGUAGCUAACCCAUUCACUGGCAUCAAUAUUUGCGUCACGAACAGAUGUAACCACGCUUCGGCCAUUGAUAACAGUGAAGCUUUUGCCCGAAAUCCAUGGCAAAACGUUAACUGCAAAGAAAAAAGUGGUAAGAACAAUGUUUUUAUAUACGUCAGCAUCUUUUAUAUCAAAUAGUUUUAUCAGUUUUAAGGUAAUAAUAGUAAAAAGUACAGAAAAGAUGUUGUAGUAGGUAUAUCCUAAACUGAAGCCACGUUUUUUUCAUUUUUUAAACACCAAAAGCAAAAAAAAAUGUAAACCUUAAUAUAAAUGCAGUAAUACAUUGUUCUAGCUACUGUGCAAUGCAUUGAAUGUACCCACUUUGAUGGAGAAGGAUGGUGCAAUUGGGACAGCAAAGUAACAUGCACUGGAUCCUACUGCACUAAAGUUGUUGGCUCAUUAAACGGUAAUUCUUGUAAAAUUCAAAACCUUUUUCAUUUCAUUAGUCAAGUAAAGAACUAAAAUUAAUCACACAAAUUUUUAAAACCUUAUCUUUACAUUUAAAAAAAUUAUGACAAAAAGUAACUUACCAACCCAUGUCACCAAAUUAUUGAACCUAAAUCAAUGUUUUUCCGAUUUAAGGUCGCCGAUUUGAACACCGUGGCUGUACAUCAAUAAACCCACUCCAAGUGGACUACUGUUACCCAUUCAAUCGUCCAAUCAACAUCAGUUUACUGGGAAUGUCCAUAAACCAAGAGCUGAAGGGAACACAAUGCAUUUGUGCUGGUCAGCGAUGUAACAGCUCUUUUACUGUUACAUCGUCGUAUCUUGUUGCUAUUUCCGGUUUUAUUAUGUUUUUAUUGUUUGGAAGGUAAAACUGGUAAAUUAUUUUAUUGUAAAAUUGUUGUUGACCUAAUAAAAAUUACAUAAAUGAUACUAAACUUGUUGUUUUACACGAAAAAACCCUGAUUUUUAUAAAGUUCAAUAUUUAAAAUUUCAAAAUAUAAACGUGCAAAAGUUCUUUCGACCACAGUAACCUUGUUAGUCACAAAUCAAACAAGACCAAUCCUAAAUUUUGUAAAUUUAAAACAAAAUUUUGUCGAAAGGAAGAGUUGACUCAAAAGAAAAACUUAACGCAAUAAUUAAAAAAAAGAAUUUUUGGAGAAAAAUCUCGCGCACCUCGAUGAAUGCAGCCGUCUGACCAUCGAUCCACUGACCAGCUGGGUUGAAGAGGGCUUCUUCUCACUUCUUACAACUUUUAUGGCUUGAAAUGAAAUCAAAAUUCCUGGAUAGUAUCAUAAAAUCGCGCAAAACUCAGGCAAAACAAAGUGUGGAUGUUGAACCGUAAGUUCCUUGUCUUAUUUUUCUUGAUUUUUAGAUGAAAAGAACUUUGGUUUUGGUUUUAAAAAACGUAGCAGAAUGUUGAGAAGCUAGACAACGUAAAUACGAAAAGUUUUUGUUAAAAAGUUUGGCCGAAAUUGAUAAAAAAGUUCGAUAAGGUCAUUUGUCUAGUGUAAUAUUGUUUUUCGCCCAAAACAAAGGUCGGCUUCAUAAAAAACGUAAAAAAUUUAAACUGAAACAAGUAGAUGUAUUAACUAUGUCAAGUAAAAAAAAAACGCAAAUUUUUCAGGUUAGGACAUAGAUCUUGGCCGGUUCUUCCACAACCACGGACGGCGUUGUUUUCUGAAUGUACAUUAUUUUUAUAUUCAAUCUUUGCCUUAUUUAUUCAGUACCUCAAUUUGUAUAAAACGUUAUGGUGGCUUCCUAAGUCUCAUUGGCAUGGAGUUUUUGUAAGUUCUUGAUUUAGAAAGGGCGAAUUUAAAAUUUAUAUUGUUUUAGAAGACGUUUCUGAUCAACCCAUAUGUUUUGUCGUGUAUUGGCUUGCUAUUGGGGAUUCGUGUGACAAAAUGUUUUUGGCAGACGGUAAGGUCCUUUAUUAUUGUAUUUUAUAAGUUUAGAGUCAUAUUCUGGAUGUUUAACGCAUAAUUCUUGGUAUAUUAUGUUAAAGUCCAUCAGAAUGUUAAAUGAAGGUAAAAAACGCUUUUUAUGGUUAAUAAGCAAUUAAUAUUAAAAGAAGAUGUUGUUUUUAACCUAAAACUUAUAUGACACGUUGUUUUUAACCUUUAAAACAAUUUAAAAUUAGAUGUUGUUUUAGAUAACCAAGCGAUUCGACGCACUGAAUCCAAAGUGUGAUUCGGUAUUCUGGAGCAUUGUGGAAUAUGCAUUUAUAAAGUCACCUUUAUGUACCAUGAUAACAGCUAGCUUUUUGUUCAGUAUGACAAGAAUCACAAAAGAAUUUGGGUUAACUGCAGCAGUUUUACUUAUUACUCCGUAAGUAUCUUGACAUUUUGAUUGUUGACAAGGUUCCUUGCACUUUAAAGCUUGUUUAUAAUAUUAUUUUGCUGUGAUUUACAUAGAUUUUUCUUUAUUUGGAUAAAAAAAUGUUUGCUUAUCAUAAUUUUUGAUUCUGAAGUUUAACUUUUUCUGUUUAUUGAUAUUGUAGUAGGUAUAGAUGUUAGAUUAUCGUGAUAUUUUAGAAGCCUCCUUCACGGUUUGUACGAACUAUGGUUUAUAAGGAAAGAGCUAAUGAAGGUGUCGUUUACACCGUAUGCGAUUUACAAUGGAGAUACAUAUCAACAACUUUCACGUAUCGAAAGCCCUACUUCAAUCGACUAUGGGUUAGAUAUUCAACAUGAGUGCGGUAUGCUUUUUAAAAUUUUUCAAAAUUUACUUUAUUUUAAAUGACAUACUUUGUUGUAAAAGGCAUAGUUUGUUUCAUUCGAAGAUUUUUGGGUCUUUUAACUGAAAUCGGUUAGAUUACUUGACCUUUGUAUUGUUUUAGGUGUUUUGAGACUAACUUCUUUGUGAAUGUCAAAAAUUUUUUAAUUUCAGUUCCAAAAUGUUCACCUCAUACUAAAGCAACUGAAACUCUGUACGAGAUUAUCAAAUGUAGACUAUUGAACUGCUUGUUAAUAGCCUUCUACACGGCCUAUUACUCUGUUUACUUGCCUAUCAUCUUUGUACCUGUAAGUUGUUUUAACAGCUUCUACAAGCGGUGAUAUCGCUAUGCAUAGAUAGGCGUAGUUGUGAGAAGGAAGAUAUAUCUCUCAUCUCACAGCCAUGGCUAUAUCAUCAUAUUUUACCUUAAUAUCCCUACCCAAACUUUAGAGCAAAACCUACUCCGGCCUAACGCAACAUUUUUAUCGUGAAACCGUGUGGUACGAGUUUAUGUUCGUCAACGUGUUCAUGACAACCUUCUUCAUAUACGCUCUAUAUCAACUGCCGAUUCAGCUACUACAUCAAGCAUAUCAGACAGCAGUACAUCUUGGUUACUAUACGGAUCCAGUGAAGGAAACGAAACAGACCCCGAUUCCGGCUGGAGGUGACGAUGUAGCUUGUGAUGGAGCCAAAGUUGUAGGGUCAGACAGUAUUGUAUAUACUGCAAGAUGUCAUAAACAUUGGUAUGAGGUCGCGGCGACACCUGGGAAUAUGAAACAUAACCUGUUUUAUGUAAGUAGGGGUGGGAAAUGGCAAUAACUUUCUUUACAGUGUAGUAAAUGGCAAUAACUUUCUUUACAGUGCAGAAAAUGGCAAUAACUAUCUUUACAGUUCUUAAAAUGGCAAUGACUUUAUUUACAGUGCAUAAAAGAACUCAAAUUUAAAAAAAAAACAAUUUCUGCAGACUGCAGUGCUACAACAACAAAAAUUCUAGAAAUUCGCCCACAACCCAACCAACAUCUUCAAAUACUCUUGUUAUGCCCAAGGCAUUUUAAUAGCCAUUCAAUUUCACAACCUUGUAAUGGCAACUGAUUGGCAACAUAUCUGUACAUUGGUGAUGUUAAUGUUCGCCAAUUACGUUUGCUUUUUCGUAUAUUUCCGCGAAUAUAUUGUCGUACGAUACAUCUACGCAGAUGAUCGUAAAGCUCCGGAUGACCGAAAAUAUUAUUUAAAUCGAAAUUAA